CAAAUACAUACCUUCCAAUGUGGAAAACACAAUUUACAAAGUCACACAAUGUUUACACUCCCCUCUCUCUUUCUAUAAAACCACAAACAAAAUCACAAAGUUUACACUCCCCUCUCUCCCUCCCUCUCUCUAUCAUUCCGUUUCUACAAAUAUCACACAAACAUAAGUACAUAACCCCCAUUUCUGUGUUAAACACGCUGUUUCUACUUUAUUUCCGUGGGCGCACCAAUUGUGGCUGGAGAUUCUAAUUCUGUUUCAACAAGAAUGGAAGAUCACAAUCAUAUCACCGCUCUGCAGAAACACGUUAUGUUCUUCGAUAGAAAUAACGAUGGCCUUAUUUAUCCCUCCGAAACUUUUGAAGGAUUUCGAGCAAUUGGAGCGGGGCUGUUGCUGUCCUCCGUCGCCGCCGUUUUCAUUAACGUCGGCCUCAGCCGGAAAACAAGACCGGAGAAACCCUUUUCUUUUCAAUUUCCAAUUGAGGUCAAAAACAUCAAACUGGCAAAGCAUACUAGUGAUUCUGGUGUCUAUGACAAAGAAGGAAGGUUUGUUUCUGAAAAGUUUGAAGAGAUAUUUGCGAAGCAUGCCCUUACACAACGGCACGCCUUGACUUCAGAUGAGUUGCAAAAGUUCAUGAAAUCCAACAGGGAGCCAAAGGACUAUGCUGGAUGGUUGGCUGGUUACACAGAGUGGAAGAUACUGCAUUACCUUUGCAAGGACGAACACGGGAUGCUGCACAAAGACACAAUAAGAGCUGCUUUUGAUGGAUCCCUCUUCCAAAAAAUGGCUGAGGCGAAAGCAUCUAAGAAGAAAAACACAAUCCAUGUUUGAUGAACAAAAGGUUUAUAAGAUCAUCAGCCUUCCUUCCUAACAUACGUCGUCGCUCUCAGGUUUCGACGUUGAUGUCUUCUUCAUCAUGUUGAUAUAACAUCAAUUGAUGCAUUUCUUUAUUUGUUUAUUUUCUUUAUGGUAUUCUUUGUGUGUGUCUAAGCUGUAUCUUGUGAGGAAAGUGUGAAAUUUGAUGUAUAUGAUUGUGGUUUGUGUAAAUGUAAGAAAUUCAAAGUUGUAAAUAUAACCUAUUCUAUAUUGAAUAUGUAUCUUGAAGUUUGAAUUGA